AUGGCUAAACGAAGAAAGCGAGCUUCCCUGCGUUGGCUCUGGAAAAUGAAGAAGUCAUCAUAUCCACCUUGGCUCUCCGCGCGUUGGACCCCAACACCAGACGACAGUUCGAACUCUCACACGCAAUCAUUAAUAAUAUCAAUCUCCUUCGAGGAGAGGAGGGAGCUAACCAUAUGGAGGUGGAACACUACAGCCAAUGAAAAUGCUCGGAAGGAGGUAGUUCCCCCACCAUCCGCCCCCCAUUGCUGGAGCCCUCAACAGGGCCAGAGCAUUCACUAUCUGUUCAGCUACUUUGCCAACUACAGCAUGGAGAAACAUUGCAGCUCACGGUCUUCCACAGAUCGUCGAUUUAACAAAAGCUUAAACCAGUGGAGGACACUUCGAAUGGGGAGCUUCGUCGCUAACGCUUUGGAGUUCUUUUCCACCUCCAAGAGAGGAGCCAUCAUCAAAAAACUUCAUGAUGUGCAGGACCUGUAUAGGGGUGGCGCUCAAUGGAUGCUCGGCGAACACAGCAAGUUGAGCUGGCAACUGUUGAGAUUAGAACACUUUAGAAUGGACCCCGAGAGCUACGCUGACCCCGACAGAAGCCACGACGUGCCCCUCAGCUACAGCGACGCAUUGAUCACUUUUGUCGCUUCCUUGCCUGGGCCUAACAGGGAACUCUUCCUGAAUGACCUCUGUAAUCUAAUCGCCAAUGUUAUUUCUGAUGUAACAUUAUGAUUACAUAUUCAUAUAAUUUUAAUUAUAUUUUAUUAUUUACAUUUUUCGAUUUAUGUAAUUUUUAUUUGAUGGUAGAAAUUUUGUUAAUAUGACUGUUGAUAAAGAUAUA